CCGCAAUUCCCAAUCGAAACGACUGUUCAAGAAAAACAGAGAAAGUCAAAAAAGGGAAAGCCACUUUAUUUAUUUUAAAUAAUAAUCAAAUCUAGGGUUUCCAUCAAGAAAUUCAAAUUUAUUAAAAUCAAUGUCUACAUCGUCAAACCCAAUCGAUCCAAAUCCCGCAUCAAGGAGGAGAACAACAGUAGUUACAGAGAAGAGAUCAUCCAAUUUCGAAAUGGCAGCAGAAGGAGGAACUUCAAUUGUAUCUGAACAGAUCAGAAAAGCAGGAGAAACCACUUCAAUCGGUGGAGAUAGAGAUAGAAAUGUAUCAUCAUCUUCUUUGAAGAAAGGGGGUUUAGUGAAGAAGAAGACAGUCUUGGUUACAAAGAGAGUACCUUUAUGGAAGACAGUGAUCAGUGUAUUAGCCAAGAAUUUUAUACUCAUUCUUGUCCUUUUGGGGCUUGUUCAAAUGAUAAGGAAAUUGGUUUUCAAGGAUGGUGCUGGUGUUGGUGAUGGUGGGAUUGUGGGGAUUACUGAGUUUGAGGGAAGGAUUGCAGAAGUGGAAGCGUUUUUGAAGACAACUACUAAGAUGAUGCAAGUUCAAGUUGAGAUUAUGGAUAAGAAAGUUGAGAGUGAAAUUAGUGGUUUAAGGAGGGAAAUUGGGAAGAAGAUUGAUGAGAAAGGGAGUUUGUAUGAGUCUGAAUUGAUGAAAUUGGGUGUCAAGACUGAUGAAUUGGAGAAAGGUUUUGGUGAAUUGAAAGAGAAGGGUUUCUUUACCAAACAAGAUUUUGAUAAUUUUUUGGAGGAAUUUGAGAAGGGGAAGGGUGAUGGGAAGGGUAAGGAGGGAAAUGAAUGGAGUUUGGAUGAUAUUAGAGGUUUGGCUAAAGAGAUUGUUGAGAAGGAAAUUGAGAAACAUGCUGCUGAUGGGCUUGGAAUGGUUGAUUAUGCAUUGGGUUCUGGAGGAGGGAUUGUGCUUGAUCAUUCGGAACCUUUUAUAUAUAAGAAGGGUUUGGCUUGGAUUCCUUUUAAGAAGCAGUUUGGGAUUCAGAAGGAUGCACAGAUUAUAUUGAAACCAAGUUUUGGGGAACCUGGUCAAUGCUUUCCUCUGCAAGGAAAGAGUGGGUAUGUGAUAAUUAAGCUUAGGACGGGGAUCAUUCCAGAGGCUGUGACUGUCGAACAUGUAUCUAAGAGUGUAGCCUACGACAGAGCAAGUGCUCCAAAGGACUGUCGGGUCUCUGGUUGGUAUCAAAAGAUUGGGACAAUCGGUACCGGUGCUGGCGACGCUGAUCUAUCUCAUCAGGGUGAGAAUAUGUAUACGCUGUCUGAGUUUGCUUACGAUCUCGACAAAAGUAAUGCGCAGACCUUCAAAGUGGAGUCUGGAGAAAAGCAAGUCGUCAACAUGGUCAGAUUUGACUUCUUUUCAAACCAUGGAGCUUCUCACACAUGCAUUUACCGCCUGAGGGUUCACGGCCACGUCCCUGUCUCAGCCGUGAAAUCUGAACUUUGAUCUGCUUGUUCAUUCACAAGGAAGACGAUGAACUGAAUAACAACUUUUAUAUCCAAAUGUAUUUGUCUGUAUCUUCCGCAUGGGAAACUUGUUAGAAGCACGGGUUUUAUUAGUAGUGCUUGUGAUUAUUUGCUUAAGAAAAAUACGGAUCAAAAACAUUUGUACUAAAUAUCCGUUAUAAACGUUGUAUUCUGGCUUCUUUUCUAUUGGCAAAAACUAGCUGGUAACCAGGCCCAUUACUCUUUACACGUCCAAGGUCCAAGGAAGUGGGACCUGGAAUGUGCGGAUCCCUGGGCCUGCCUAUAAUGAACAUUCAAAAAUACAGACGGGAGAGAAGCUGAGAAGAGCAUUACCAAA